AUGCAACCAAACAAUGGUUUCAACCUAAAGGUUGUUUAUGCAGAAAAUGGUUAUAGUUAUACAAUACCAGUAAACCCUUCUAUUUCAAUUGAAGAUAUAAAACAUUCAUUAGCCAAUGCAACAAAUCUUCACGUUAGUGACCAAAUUUUAUUAUCGGAUAAAACACAUAUAGCACCAAAAGGAACACUUGAAUCAUAUGGUAUUAUUAAAGAUAAAGAGAUUUAUUUAUAUAAUAGAAGAAUUUUAGAAAAUUUAAAAUUAAAACCAGAAGAAAUUGAAAUUUCAUUUAACGAAUUUAGAAAAAUUCCAAAAACUCAAGCACAAGGUUUACACGAACUUGAAACAUCACAAAAUUUAUUAAAUAAAUUAUAUGCUAUGGAAUAUUAUUUGAAUAAUCAUUUAAUUGGAAUAAAGUAUAUAAAGGACGAAUUUGAAAAAAGAUUAUUAAUAUGUCAAAAUUUCCAAAGUGAUAUUCACCAUCAAAAGAGAGCAUUAAAUGCUGCCAAUUAUUCAUUUUUUGAAUAUAGAGAAAAUUUAAUAAAGACAGCAAAUAAAUCAUUUAAAGAUUUUAGAAAUUUAUUACCAAAUUAUGAUUCAAUAUUAUCAUCAUUUGAAAUGGAUAUGAAUAAAUUGAAACAAAUUAAAUUACAUGACUCAUUGAGAACAAAUAAUUUAACAGUUUUAGCUGAUUGUAUACCAGAGGGUGCUUUUAGAAAUUGGUAUAAACAUUUAAAAGAAGAAUUUAGUAAAGUAAAAUUAAAAGUAUCUGAUACUGAAGGUCAAUUAGCAAUUUCAACAAAGAGUAGUGAUAUAGAAUUAAAAAAGUUUGAUGCUAUAAAUAUGAAUGAACUUUCAAAUAGAAUGUUAAUUUUAAAGGAACACUUUGAGAGAGUUAAAACAACAGCUCAAUCAUUUUCUUCAAAUAGCCUAUUAACAAUUUUUUUAUCAUUACUUUUAUUAGAUUAUGAAAAGAUUAAACAAACAUUAAGUCAAGCUAGAUCAAUGAAUGAUUCAAAUAGAUUAUCAUCAAUGUUAUUAGGGUUUUUAGAUAUAAAAAGACAACAAGACGAAAGUUUUAAUUUUUGCUCAAAUAAUCAAACUGCAUUUGAUGCAAUAACUUAUAUUUAUCAAACAAAGAAUUUUAUGAAUUCAAAUGUAUAUAGCCAUUUAAGAUCAAUUUCAAAGUUUCAAAAUAAUUUAAGUAUUUUAAAAGAUUUAAUUUCAAAUAGUAAUGAUAUGAUUUAUCAUUUUCAAGUUGAUUUCAUUCAAUUGGAAAUCAUUCAUAGAUUACCACAAACCUAUGAAGAGUCAUUGAAUGAAAUUGGUAGAAGAAAGAAAUUUGGUAAUACAUUAACAACCUCAUUCAAUAGAUUUAUUGAAUCACUUAAAAUGAUUAAAGAUGAUGAGAAUCAAAAGAGACAAAUAUUCUUUGAUCAAUACCUUAAAUAUAUACCAAUUAAUUCAUUCAAUGGUUUAAAAGAAAAUAUACCAGAUUUUAAUUUUAAUUUACCACCAAUUGAUACAAAUCUACCAAAUUUAGGAAAUAGUUUAGUCAAUAAUAAUAAUAAUAAUAAUAGCUUAGGUAGCGGAUUUAGUGGUGGUAGUGGUGGUAGUAAUGGUUCAAAUGAAGAUGAUGGUUUUACUGUUAUUGAUAAUUUAACUGAUAAUUUUAAUAAUAUUUUUAUGAAUAAUAAUAAUAAUAAUAAUAGUGGUAGCAAUGACAAUAAUAAUAAUAAUAAUAAUAAUAAUAAUAAUAGUAAUAGUAGUAGUAAUGGUAGUAAUAAUAAUAAUAAUUUUAAUAAUAGUUUAAUUAAUAGUAAUAUAAAUAAUAGUAUUAAUAAUCUUGGUACAAAGAAAUUAUUAAAUGAUUUAGAGAAAUCACAAUUUGAAAAACAACAAUUAGAGAUGAAAUUACAAACUACCUUUUUAAUGGCAUCAAAAACUGAAGAGAAAUAUAAGGAUCUAUUAGAGAAAUCAAAGAUUUUCAGUGAAGGAUAUUUAGAGAAACAAAAUGAUGAAGUAAAGAGAAUUGAAGAGUUAAAGAAAGAAUUAGAGGAAAAGAAAAGAGAGAUCUCAUUGUUAUCAAAUGAAUUGGAAAAAGUAUCAGAGGAUAAAUUAGCAAAUCAACAAAUCAUCGUCCAAUUGCAUGAUGAAAAAACCACAUUAACCAAUGAGAUUGAAUCAUUAAAUCAAGAGAUUGAAAAACGUAAAAAAACCAUUGAUGACUAUCAAUCUGAACUUCAACUUAAAGAGUCAACCUAUAAAGAACAAAUGUCAAGUGCUGUCGGAGAUUUCAAUGAAAAGAAUAAUGAAAUUGAAAAAUUACGUCAAGAGAUUAUAAAAUUACAAGAUACAAUCGAUUCAUUACAACAAAAGAUUUCAAUAUUAGAGUUGGCCAAUGAAGCUAGUCAAAAGGAGAACGAACAAUUGGUUGUAAAGAAUGGUCAAUUAGAGUUAACAAUUGAUGAGUUAAAUUUGAAAUCCAAUGAUUUAUUAGCUCUUAUUACGAAAUUAAAAAUGGAGAAUGAGUUGGCAUUGGAGGAAUUAAGACAAACUCUUCAACAUAUCUCUGAUGAAAAUCAAACUUUAAAGGCUGGUUCAACUUCACAAUCGGAUGAAUUACUUGUAAAAACUAUGCAUUACAAUGAAACCAAUAAGAAAUUACAAGAUGAAAUUAAAGAUUUAACCAAAAAUGGUGAGUCAUUAAUUCAACAAAUUAAAUCAUUACAAAAAGAUAUCGCUCAAUUAAAUGAAACCAAUGAAACAUUAACAACAAAAAAUAAGGAUUUACAACAACACACCGAGUCAUUAGAGAAGGAGAUAAUCGUAUUAAAAGAUUCAAAUUUAGAUAAAGAAAAACUAUUAGAUCUAUUACGUAAAGAGAAUGAAAAAUCCGAUCAAACCUCAAGUGGUAAUAUUAAACGUGUUGAAGAAUUAAUGAAAGAAUUGACCAUUAGUAAAAAUCUAUUCAUUGAAAUCAAUCAAUCAAAAGAUUCAUUACAGAGAGAGAUCAUUGAUUUAAAGAAUAAAAUUGAAAACGAUAAAAAGAUAUUUCAAGAACAAGGAAAUGAAGUUGAAAAAUCAAAUGAAAAAAUCACUGAACUCAAUGUAUCACUCGAUAGAAUCACUAAAGAGAAUUUAAAUUUCAAAGACACUGUAAAUAAAUUAACAAUCAAUAAUUCAAACCUUGAAAAAGAAGUUGAUACUCUAAAGUUUAAAAACAAAGAACAACAAGAAAUCGCUUUGAAAAUGAAAGAAUUAUUUGUACAAUUAGAGACAAAGAACGGUCAAUCUCUACAAGAGAUCAAAACAAAAGAAAACGAAAAUAAUAAUUUGAAAUCAGAGGUUCAAACAUUGUUAUUGGAAAUGGAAAAAUUAAAAGGAUUCGAUGAGAAAAAUUCAAAAGAACUUCAUGAAUUACAAAAUUAUUUCAAUGGAUUAGAGGAAGAAAAUGAUAAAUUGAAAAAAGAAAAUAAAGAACAUCAAGUAAACAUUCAAUCAUUAAAAGAAAACAUAAAGAAUGAAAAGAGUAUGCAUAAGAAAGAAAUGGAAACUUUGGCUGAAAAGGAGAAAACAUUGGAAGAAAGAGAGAAGCAAUUGAUUGAAAAGGAUAAGAUCAUCGCAGAUUUACGUUUGAAAUCUCAACAAUCCAAUUUAAUGCCAGAGGUUCAAUCACUUAGAAAUGUUAUUUAUGAACUAACAAAAAUCAUCAAUCCAAGUGCAAAGGAACCUAUGGAUGGUAAUUCUAUCGUUAACUAUGUAAAUAAGAUUACCAUCGAACAAAUGUUACAAAAUCAACAAUUGUUAGAGCGUGUUACAACCUUGGAGAAUCAACAAGCAAUUGAACAUUCACAAAGUGCAUUACUCUCAAAUUUCACUCAUGAUCGUAUUGCCAUUUUCCAUAAAAAUAAAAAUGGUUUCUAUGAAGCUAUUAAUAUUGAUUCUCCAAAUUAUUUCCUUUCACAACUCUCAUAUGAUCAAUACACUCAAGAAAUGAAAAAUGCUUCAAUUAUCUUUGGUACAAUCAUUAAUAUUGAUACUAAAAUCGCUGGUGAUUCUGAAUCAUUUGGAUGUUUACCUGGUACUGAAAUUUGUGAAGUUUUAAUUAGUAAAUUAGAAAAUUAA